CGGCGUGUCUCCAUUUCUUCUCAUCGCGGCGUGCCAGGGAGAGAGCUGCUAGCUGCACCUGCACGCCGUCUAUAAAUACCGCCAGCCCACCGGAGGGCCGGCCCAUCCCUCUCCGUCCUUCCACGCCACAAACCGCGCCAUCGCUCGCACGGCGGCAGACGGGUGCGAAGCGGCCACAGACCACACCUCCUCCACAGCCCGAGGGGUCAUGGAGCACCGCCGGAGGCGCUCGUCGUCGGUGGCCGCUGCCGGAACACUUCUCUGCCUUGGGAUGCUGCUGGUGGUCGGGCCGCUGUUGCCGGCGGUGGAGGCGUCCACGGAGGACGGCUGCCCCGCCGGCGGCGAGCGGGCGAGCAAGGAGCAGGGGAGGAGGAGCCGUCGUCAUCAUCGGAAGCAUGCGGCGGAGGAGCUGUGGGUGUUCGGGGACUCGUACGCGGACACGGGCAACCUGGGGAACCUGGGGCGGGAGCUCACCCACGCCUGGUACGACCCAUAUGGCAAGACCUUCCCCCGCCGCCCCGCCGGCCGCUUCUCCGACGGCCGCGUCCUCACCGACUUCGUCGCUUCGGCUCUGGGGAUGCGGACGCCGGUGGCAUACAAGGCGCGGCGGCGGGCGUCGCGGGAGACCCUCGCGCGCGGCAUGAACUUCGCCGUCGGCGGCGCCGGCGUGCUCGACACCGGCAACUUCCAGCGCAACAUCAGUGCCCAGAUCGACCUCUUCCAGGCCAUGCACCGCACCCAGCAGCGGGGCUGCGGCAAGCGGACGGCGCUCGUCGUCGUCUCCGGCAACGACUACGCCUACGCCGCCGACAAGGACAACGGCACCAGCGCGGCGAUCGCGUACAUCCCGACGGUGGUGCGGGAGCUCCGGGAGCAGCUCCGGCGGCUGCGCGACGAGGCGGGGAUGAGGAGGGUGGUGGUGACCAACCUGCACCCCAUGGGCUGCACGCCCGUCUUCACCCGCCCGCUCAACUACACCGGCUGCGACCCACUGGCCAACGCCGGCGCCGCCCAGCACAACGCCGCGCUCCGGUCUGUCCUCGCCGCCCUCGACCCCAACAACCGCACCUUCCUCCUCCUCGACGUCCACACCCCCUUCGCCGCAUUCCUCCUCGACGACAACAAUGGUGACAGUGACAACAAGAAGUUCAAGAGCACGCUGCGGCCCUGCUGCGAGAGCUUCAGGCCGGACGGCUACUGCGGCGAGGAGGACGAGAACGGCACGCGGCAGUACACGCUCUGCGACGACCCCGGCCGCUACUUCUACUGGGACGACGUGCACCCGACGCAGGCCGCCUGGGCCGCCGUCGCGCGCACCUUCAGGGCCGCCGUCAAGAGCUUCCUCUCCACCUGACAAGACAUGGCCAUGGUUUUGGAUUCAUGAUAGACAGAAGCUACCAUUACUAGCACCCAGCAGAAAGCAGUACUAACCAACACCUUUCUUCUCCCCUGUGUUCUGCUUCACCUGAAACAAGCAGCUUCCAAAAUACAAGAAGCAAGUGCAAAAUUUGUUCCA